AUGAAGAGCCUCGGUGUAAGUAUAGGGAGUAGCGGCCGAUCUUCGGCUGGGGAUGACGAUGAUGAUGAGGCCUCAAAGUCAGUGUUGGCUUCGCACCAAGCGAGAGAAGAGGAAAUCGAGAGGAGAAAGUUCGAGGUGAGAGCAAAGGUUGAGUCUCAACUCACUCGUGCCCAACAACAAGCCAAGCGUUUGACACAAGUUUGGGAAGAGAAGGAAUAUAAAGAAGCUUUGGAGGCUUUUCAAGAGAAAAGCAAAGAAAAAGCUCAACUCACUACAGCACUUGUGGAGUUGGUGAAUCAAAGUGAGAACAUGAGAAUGAAGAAGCUGGAAGAACUCACCAAGAUUCUAAACUCAACCAAAUGA